AUGGACGGCUUCUCCGUCACGUCCCUCACCACGCGCUGCGCGUCCAUCGCCGCGCGCACCGGCCACGCCGCCAGCGAGCUCGACCUCGCCAUCAAGCGCAUCGACAGGGGCACAGAAGCGCCGGAUGCCCACCACCCCCCGCCACAGCCGCCGCAGGCACCGUAUCGCCCAGACCUGUGCCGCAGUUUGACCGUAGGCCGUCUCCAGGCGCUCCAGCAGGCGUCCGGGCGGGCACACGAGCGAGCCGCCGCGCUGGAGCGCACGCUGAGCGGCGGCGGCGACGGCGUGGGACCGUCCGGUGCUGGUGCUGUCAUGUCGGAGACGCUGCGGAGCGCCCUGGGCGACGUGCUGGCGCGUGGUGACGAGGCGACGGGCACGCUGCACAAGCAGGCGAUGAGGGUGCAGGCGGAGAAUGUGGAGGCCGUGGACGAGGCGUAUCUGCUCGUGCUUGUGGACUUUCUGGGGUCGCUGGCGGUGGCCAUGGGAUACCUGGAUAGGCUGCUUCGGCUGAGCACGAGAGACGAGCAGGAUGCGCAUCUUCGCUCCUCAGAGGGCCAGGGCGUGCUCGACCAGGUGUCGAGGGCCUUUGGUCCUGCCUCGCAGGCCACCAGCAUCAUCCUCGAUGAAGGCGCCGUGAGCUCAAUCCCGCCGCCCAGCAACCUCCCCAUCCGCUCCAGGGUCCCCUUCGAGCCCGCCGAGGCGCCUCCCCCCUACGCCGCAGAGGACCCAACCUCCUCGUCGACGGCGUCCUCCUCGGCUCCUCAAGCAGGCCCCUACUUCUCAUCCUCCUCCGCCGCGGCCGGGCCCUCAUCCGCCGGCGCCCCCGGCAACGCCUUCGGCGGCUUCGCCAAGUCCAUCAAGGCCCUCGCAUCCGGCCUCAUCUCCUCCAAGCCCGACCCCUUCGUCUCGGCGCUGUGCCAGGCCAUCCUGCGCCGCGACGUCCCGCAGGCCAGCGGCCUCAUCGCCCAGGGCGCCAGCAUCACGGGCCGCGACGAGGCCGGCCGCACGCCCAUGCAGUGCGCCGUCGAGGCCGACAGCCCCGACGCCGCGCUCCUGCUCCUCGCCGCCGGCGUGCCCCUCGACAAGCCCGGCCCCGGCUGGAUCAAUGCCGACCUGCCGCCGCUCUUCCAGGCCGCGAGCGCGGGCGCCCUCGCCGUCGCCGAGGCGCUACUCGGCCGCGGCGCCAGCGUCUCCGCGCAGAGCGCCUCCGGCCAGCGCUACUUUGUCGACGUGUGCUCCGCCGCGGCCGCCGGCCCCUCAGACGCCGGCAAGGACUGCGAGAAGCACCUCGCCGGUGUGGAGCUCCUGCUGCGGAACGGCGCCAAAGCCACCUGGGAGAGCAUCUCCGGGCGGCCCGUCCUCGUGCAGGCCGUGAAGCGCGGCAACGUCGACCUCGCGCGUCUGUUGCUCCGUCACGGCGCCAAAGCAACCUGCAGCGACAUCACCGGCGCGUCUGUGCUGGCCAUCGCCGUCGAGGCCAAGGACACGACCAUGGCAAGCCUGCUCCUCGACGCCGGGGCCAAGCCCGACUCCAAAACCAUCUACGGCACUACGGUGCUCGCCGACGCCCUCUCGCGCGGCCGUCUCGACGUGGCGCGGCUGCUGCUCGACCGCGGCGCCAAGGGCAACAAGUCGGACAUCUACGGCCAGCCGCUCGUCAUCUGCGUCAUCAAGGACGCGCGCCUGUCCGUCGGCGACAAGGAGGACCUAUGCCGGCGGCUGCUCGUCAACGGGGCCAGCGCCAACGCCAAGGACAUGACGUGGGACGUGGCGGCGCCGUGCCACGCGCUCGAGGCGGGCCUGCCGGGCGUACUGGCCGCGCUGCUGGAGCACGGCGCCAAGACGAAGCAUAAGUUGCGCGGCGGCGAGCCGAUGCUGCUGUGGGCGGUGGACAGGGGAAACGCGGAGGCGGCGCGGGCGCUGCUGGACCAUGGCGCGGACCCGGACGCGGCGGACGCGCAGGGCCACACGCCGCUGAUGCAGGCCCUCGUGCGCCAGGACUGGGACUUGGUCCGCCUGCUCAGGGAAAAGGGUGCUGAUCCGAAAGCCCGCGGGUCGACGGCCGUGGCCGACAUGGCGCGGGCGCUGAACCGGCCCGAGGUGAUGGAGAUGCUGGGCCUUGGGGGAGGGAGCGCGUCGCGAACGUUGCAUGCCGGGCGGCCGGAGUCGCCGCCGCCGAGUUAUAGUCCGGCGGCAGAGAAGUCGUAG